GGCGGCGGCGAGGUUAUAAAAGGGAAGAAGCCGGCGGCGGGCGGAAGUGGGCGGUUCGGCGGCUCUGGGCGCUGUUGUUUGGUCUUUGGGCCUCCGGAGGGGCGUUAGAUAACGGCCGCCAGUGCAGGCCGCAGUGACAGGGCCGCUCGCCCCGCGCGUCGUGCCUGUCUCCCGGUGCAGCUGUGUUCGCAGCCUCCGCGGCCUGCAGGCCCAACAUGGCGCAGGAGGUGUCGGAGUACCUGAGCCAGAACCCGCGGGUGGCCGCCUGGGUGGAGGCGCUGCGCUGCGACGGCGAGACUGACAAACACUGGCGCCACCGCCGGGAUUUUUUGCUUCGCAACGCUGGGGACCUGGCCCCCGCUGGCGGCGCUGCCUCCGCUAGCACGGAUGAAGCUGCCGACGCCGAGAGCGGGACCCGAAACCGGCAGCUGCAGCAGCUCAUCUCCUUUUCCAUGGCCUGGGCGAACCACGUCUUUCUCGGGUGCAGAUACCCUCAAAAAGUAAUGGAUAAAAUACUUAGUAUGGCUGAAGGCAUCAAAGUGACAGAUGCUCCAACCUAUACAACAAGAGAUGAACUGGUUGCCAAGGUGAAGAAAAGAGGGAUAUCGAGUAGCAAUGAAGGGGUAGAAGAGCCAUCCAAAAAACGAGUUAUAGAAGGAAAAAACAGUUCUGCAGUUGAGCAAGAUCACGCAAAAACUUCUGCCAAGACAGAACGUGCAUCAGCUCAGCAGGAAAACAGUUCAACGUGUACAGCGUUGGCCAUCAAAUCAGAGAGUGGGAACUCAGCUCGGAGCUCUGGCAUCUCCAGUCAGAAUAGCUCUACAAGUGAUGGAGAUCGAUCUGUUUCCAGCCAAAGCAUCAGCAGCGUUUCCUCUCAGGUAACAACGGCAGGAUCUGGGAAAGCUUCUGAAGCAGAAGCUCCAGAUAAACAAGGUUCUGCAUCAUUUGUUUCCUUGCUGAAAUCCAGUGUGAAUAGUCACAUGACCCAGUCCACUGAUUCUAGACAACAAAGUGGAUCACCUAAAAAGAGUGCUUUGGAAGGCUCUUCGGUCUCAGCUUCUCAAAGCAGCUCAGAGAUCGCGGUGCCCUUGUUGGGCUCCUCAGGAAGCUCAGAGGUAGAAUUGCCACUAUUGUCUUCCAAACCUAGUUCAGAGACAGUGUCAAGUGGGUUAACUUCCAAAACUAGUUCAGAGGCAAGUGUUUCAUCAUCAGUUGCUAAAAACAGUUCCUCAUCAGGCACAUCCUUACUGACUCCCAAGAGCAGCUCUUCAACAAAUACAUCGCUGCUAACUUCCAAAAGCACUUCCCAGGUAGCUUCAUCACUACUAGCUUCCAAGAGCAGCUCCCAGACCAGUGCAUCUCUGGUUUCCAAAAGCACUUCCUUAGCAAGUGUGUCCCAGUUGGCUUCUAAGAGUAGUUCUCAGACUAGCACCUCACAGUUGCCUUCUAAAAGUACUUCACAGUCAAGUGAGAGUUCUGUCAAAUUCUCUUGCAAGUUAACCAAUGAAGAUGUGAAACAGAAGCAACCUUUUUUCAAUAGACUAUAUAAAACGGUGGCUUGGAAGUUGGUAGCUGUUGGUGGCUUUAGUCCCAAUGUGAAUCAUGGAGAGCUCCUAAAUGCAGCUAUUGAGGCUCUGAAAGCAACACUGGAUGUAUUUUUUGUCCCACUAAAAGAAUUGGCAGAUCUGCCUCAAAAUAAGAGCUCUCAAGAAAGUAUUGUUUGUGAAUUGAGGUGCAAGUCUGUGUAUUUGGGCACUGGCUGUGGAAAAAGCAAAGAAAAUGCAAAAGCAGUUGCAUCAAGAGAAGCAUUGAAGUUAUUUCUCAAGAAAAAGGUGGUGGUAAAAAUAUGUAAAAGGAAAUACAGAGGCAGUGAAAUAGAAGAUCUAGUACUCCUUGAUGAAGAAUCGAGGCCUGUAAACUUACCUCCAGCACUAAAACAUCCUCAAGAAUUACUAUAAUGUGUCCAAAAUAUCACUGCAUACAGUAUCUGGCAUUUGAAGAGAAAAACUGACUUUCGUACAGUAUAAAACACAGGCUUUCACAAAUUUUGUAUUGCUUUUUUUCCAGUUUUGCAGAAAAUUUACAUUCUAGUUCUCUUCACACAGUAGCAGUUGUAAAUAAUUUAUGAAUGACAGUACACAUUAAAAGGUAUGCAUUAGCAGCAUAUUACUAUGCUGUUUUAUUUGCUGAAGAAAAUACUGUCUUCUAUUUUUAAUGAUACAUUAGGUACGAUGUGUAGUUCGGUAGAGUCCUAAAAUUUUUGUACUACUUUCAAUUUGGUGAAAAUGUAUUAAGUUGUCUACCAUGUUUUCUUUUCUAGCUGAAUAAACCACAACAAAGAAAAGGGACCACAGUAUUUGAAUGUUUGAAAGUCUGUAAAGCUUAAGGUUUUAAAAAUGUUGCCCGUAAUGUUGAACAUGUCUGUUAAAAAAUAAAAGGAAAAAUAGUUGCUUCAGACUAUUUUUAUGAGAAGUUGUAAGCAUUUUUUAGAUAUAAAGCAGUAUAAAGUACUUAUUGUUAUUUUAUUCUGAAGUUGUUUAAAAUUCAUCAUGACUUUGACCGCUGCAGAUUCUUUAAGCGGGUUAAUUUAUGUUUUGAGGUGGAAUACAAUUUACACUUUUUCUUAAAGACAUGAAUGUGGGUUUCUAUAUUAAGCAUAUUUUGUGACUUCUAUUAACAGAUUGAUUUGUUUAGAUAUUAAAUGCUUUAAGCUAUUUUACCUUUUCAA